AGAGUUGAAUACUUCAGCUUUAGCAGCAUAACCAACGCACCCAGACCCAAUCACCGUCCAUUCAUUGUCACGCUCGUCGAUAGGCGUCUUUCUCCCUUUCUCUAUCUGUGCCCUAUCUCAGACAGUUUCUUCUACGUUUCCGACUCCGAUAUCACCUCCGAUCAGAUUCUCCGGCCGUUGAUUGCCUACAGGCAUCCCAAUCGCGCACUUCUUACUUUUUAUUAGGGUUAGGUCACGAUUGCAUCGUAACUCGGCCAAUUCAUUUGUAUCUACUCAUAAAUGCCUGAUUUCCCCAACCCAAAAGCUUAAUUUUCAGUCAACAUUCAAGAUUUGGUGGGGACUCGCAGUCUAGGGCUUAAAUUCAAUCGAAGCAGUGCAAGAAUUUAGAAAAAAAAAGAAGGCAUAUCCAUGAGAUCAUGGUUAAUUCCAAGGCCGAUAUUGAGAGAGACUCGUGUUCGAAGUCGAUCAACGAGACGGUGAAUGGCUCGCACCAUUUCUUGAUAAAGGGUUAUUCCCUCGCAAAGGGAAUGGGCGCGGGCAAAUACAUCUCGAGCGACACGUUUACCGUUGGAGGAUAUGAUUGGGCAAUUUACUUCUAUCCUGAUGGCAAGAACGCGGAGGAUAAUUCGAUGUAUGUGUCGGUGUUCAUUGCGUUGGCGAGCGAGGGCACUGACGUUAGGGCUUUGUUUGAAUUGACGUUGUUGGAUCAGAGUGGGAAAGGCAAGCACAAAGUACACAGUCAUUUUGAUCGCGCAUUGGAGAGUGGCCCAUAUACUUUGAAAUAUAGAGGAAGCAUGUGGGGCUACAAGCGCUUCUUCAGACGAACAACUUUAGAAACAUCUGAUUUUAUCAAGGAUGAUUGCCUUGCUAUGCAUUGCACUGUUGGGGUUGUCAGAACUCGUGUUGAGGGGCCUAAACAGUAUACCAUUCCUAUACCACCUUCAGACAUUGGUCAGAGUCUUAAGGACUUGCUAGAAUCUGAAGUUGGUUGUGACAUAACUUUUCAGGUUGCAGAUGAGACAUUCAAAGCUCAUAAGUUGAUACUUGCUGCUCGUUCUCCUGUAUUUAGAGCUCAGUUUUUUGGACUUGUUGGAAAUCCUAAUAUGGAUAAAGUUGUAGUGGAGGAUGUUGAACCCUCUAUCUUUAAGGCGAUGCUCCUGUUUAUUUACUCAGACAAGCUUCCUGAUGUAGACGAAAUUACAGGCUCAGCGUCUGUGUGCACAUCCACAAUAAUGGUUCAGCACUUACUAGCUGCUGCUGACCGCUUUGGUUUAGAUCGUCUGAAACUAUUAUGUGAAUCAAAAUUGUGUAAAGAAGUCAGUGCUGAAACGGUGGCCACAACACUUGCCCUAGCUGAGCAGCAUCGUUGUCCACAACUUAAAGCCAUCUGUUUGAAAUUUGCAGCCACUCCGUCAAUCUUGGGAGCGGUAAUGCAAUCAGAAGGGUUCGGGUACUUGGAAGAGUGCUGCCCCUCAUUGUUAUCUGAGCUGCUUGGAGUGAUUGCAUCAGUAGAUGAAAACUUGACGUUGCUCUCGAGUAAGAAGAGAAGUGGCAGCAGCAUAUUAGGGUUAGAUCUACCAGCAGAUGGAGCUCCAGCAGAAUCAGCCAGUGGCAGGCGCAUAAGGAGGCGGUUUUAGUUUUAUGUAGCGCUGUGUUUCCUACCAAAAGGGAAAAAUAGAAAAGAAGAAAAUCCUUAGUUGAAUUUUAUGUUAAUAGUACUUAGUGAUGCCGUUGCGUUUGUAUUUUACUUUUCCACUAUAAUGUUGUUUGCCUUGGUCUUCAUGAGGGUGAAAUUUCCAUUUUUGGGCUAUCACAUUAUCCUGUUCAUCGGAUGUCUUA